AUGUCGCAAUUUUCACUCUCAAUGGCAGAUGAUUCUGAAUUGACCAACAGAGAAUAUUUUCGUCUGUUUUCUGAAGACCCAAAAAAACCCUGGAGAGUGACGAAGAAGCGCAACCUUUACUUAAUAAACGUUACAACUAAUGUCAACAAGGCAACUGGGUUUAAUAACAAAAAUCAUCAUGGAAUACCAAUCGUCUUGGAAAUUGAAGUUGAAAAAAGACACUUUUUAAAUGAAAUUUAUCCAGGAAUUAUCAGUCAACGUGGUGCGCGUGGAAAUCCCAAGAAAAGUGUAGUCAAUUUCGAAGGCCUUGAAACGCCAAAUAAUUAUUUAGGUAGUCCGCCACUUGAGAAUAGCCAUUACAAUCUUGGAAUUUCAAAUACAGAUUUAGAUAGACUUCGAAUUCAUGAUAUAGGUUUGCCUAAUGAUCCUGAAGCAUUGAUGGACUUCUUAAAGGAAUAUAUAUAUACUACAAA